GCCCCGUUUGAUGUGUUUCCUUGGUUGGUAGAAAUCAGUCUUGUUAAAAAGGGCUUUUGUCCCUAUUUGAAGCUGAGGCUGAGUUGUGUUUGAGUCUAGGGGGCUCUGAUCUGUCUCUGGAUCGUGAAAGCUCAGAUCUUUGUGGGUGAGGUGUUUUCAUUUGCAGCAGAAAGUUACAGGGUAGAGUUUGUUUUCAUCAAUUUGUGUGUAACUUGAAUUGUUUAUGGUGGGUUGUUGAGUUUGUAGAUCAUUGAAACAGUUGGGGUACGUUCUUUGAGCAUUUUUUCAUCUGUAAAGUUAGGACCUUUGGUGUUCCUUGGGCUCCCUAAGCUUUUAAGGUUUAAGAUUUUGUGGUCUUAUUUAUCAGAGACUUAUUUUCACAUUGAUGGGUGUAAGAUAGGUUAUGAUUGUAGCAUCGGGGCGGUUUUGGGUUUGUUGUUAGAGAAUCGAGUAGGUGUGUGGUCUUUGGUUAGGCCACAAUGUCUGGAAAUGAGCACUGUUUUGUGGAAUGGAAAGAACAUUUUGUUUCGCAGGAGAGGGGAAACCGUGUGGUUCAUUAUUUCUUGAAGGAUUCUACUGGAGAAUCCAUACGUGCAGUAAUAGGUACGGAGAGGAGUGUUAGGCAUAUGUUCUAUGUUGUGGCUGAUGAGUUUUUACAAGUGCACGGGAGUGAAACGGCUAAUACUAAUUACAAAUGGAGGUCAAGAAGGGAGGUUGUGGAUUGGCUUACGUCUAUGCUGUCCAAGCAGCUUUCACAUGGAGAUCUGUACGAGUCACUUGAACAUGAUCCAUCACAAGGGUUAGGGAGUCCUGAAUAUCCAAAUAAUGGAAGUAGUGGUCCCCAGAUCCAAGUUUCCAAAGACUCGGGCCAUGCAAAGAACUUCAAGAUGAACAGUCCAGACAUUGUUUGGUCAGGUGUUUCAUGGACAUGUGGUAAACAGCUCAAGCAUUUUCCUGCAUUCUGUAGGAAUGGGAUUAAAAUAGAGAUCAAGUCCUUUGUAUUCGUCAUGGCAAAAGGAGAAAAUCGCUAUGUUGCUUAUAUGGAAGAUAUGUAUGAAGACAAAAGGGGUCAGAAAAAGGUCAAAGUCAGGUGGUUUCAUCGUAAUCAGGAAGUUAAGGGGGUAAUUCCUUUACAAAAUCCUCACCCUAAGGAAGUUUUCAUCACGCCAUAUGUGCAGGUCAUUAGUGCAGAGUGUGUUGAUGGUCCAGCAACAGUUUUAACACGUGAACAUUAUGAAAAGUGCGCAUUUGUGUUUCCUCAGGCAUUAUUGGCCAAAGUGCAUCUUUGCUACAGGCAGUUUAAAAGUAAAAGGGUGAAGCCAUUUGAUUUGAGUAAGAUGCACGGCUAUUUUAUUCAGCCGAUCCUCUCUUAUUUGAGUCCCAACUUUUUACCGAAUUCAGAGUGUAUGAGUGAUACUCUGAUUGGAAAAGAAGAUAAGUUGGGCACAAGUGACUAUGUAAAGCUGGGAACUAAAAGGACUAGGAAUGGAAGGCCAUGCCAGAGGGUUCCAACAAAUCAAAACUCAAGCUUUGGUUUUCUAGACAAGAGGUUGCUUUCGUGGAAUACCCCACUAUUUAAGGUUGAUGAAAAAAUAGAAUUGCUAUGCCAAGAUAGCGGCAUUCGGGGAUGCUGGUUUAGGUGUACAGUCUUGCAGACAUCACGAAAGCAUAUUAGAGUCCGGUACAAUGAUUUGCUAGAUGAGGAAGGAUGUGGCAAUCUGGAGGAAUGGAUCCCUGCUUUUAGACUCGCUAAGCCUGAUAAGAUUGGCAUGCGGCAUGUAGGCCGCUCAAUAAUUCGGCCAGCCCCUCCUGAGGAGCAAAUGGGCCUUCCUCUCGAGGUUGGUUCUGCCAUUGAUGCGUGGUGGAGUGAUGGCUGGUGGGAAGGGAUUAUAACUGGAUUUGGCAGCUGUGAUGAUAAUGUUCAAGUCUACUUUCCGGGGGAAAGUUUAGUCUUGAACAUGGACAAAAAGGAUCUAAGAAUAUCAAGAGAUUGGUUAGGGGAUCAGUGGGUUGAUAUUGAGGCGAAGCCUGAUGUCCUUUCAGCCAUAUCUUCAACAAUUAGCUCUUGCACUAGGCCCUUUGUGUCAUCCAACAUUGCCAAGGUUGUUGAGGAUGUUGGUUGUGGUGGUAAUACUUUGUCGUGUCCUGAACUUCCUUCUAGUUCUAGACGUGAAAAAGAAGAACUAUGUGCAUUGCCCAGCUGUGAUCGUCUUCCUGAUGAAAUGGACUUGGUCAAUGAUAAGAAGCCACCAUCAAUAAAGGAAAUUGGUCCUUCUAGUUCUCGACUUGAAAAAGAUGAAUCAGGUGCAUUUCCCAGUUGUGAUCAUCUUCCUGAUAAAAUGGACUUGGUCAAUGAUAAGAAGUCACCAUCAAUUAGGACCAUUGGUACUGAAGGUGUUGAUGGCAAUGACAAGUCUGGUGAUAUAAUAGUUGUCCAAGGUAAUGAUCACUAUGAUGCCAAAGAUGACCUCAAUGGUGUUAAUGAGGGUCAAGAAUGCAUGGAGGUGGUUGAAAAUCCAAGGAAGAGCCCUAACGUUGUAGAUCCAGGGAAGAGCCCUAAAGCUGUAGAAUUCAUGGAAGUGACAUCAUAAGAUGUCCAACAUUGCCGUACUUGAUGAGUUAUUGUUGUUAGCUAAUAUCAAAGUGUCUCACUUGGGAUAUCUGUAAAUAGUUACACAGAUGUUUGGGGAAGCUCGCACUAAUUGGAGGUGGUGGUCUUCAGGAUGUACAGUAAUUGGAGCAGAUUUAUAAUUGUUUUGUUCUGAUUUUCAGUCUUUUUAGAAUUCUGAUACUUAGAAUUAGAAGCUCAGAAUUCGAGUCUGGAAGAUAGAAUCUUGUCUAGGUGGAGAAGAUGGGGGAGGUCUAUGGGUUAUCAGCUGAUUUCAGUUGUUUCCAUCCCAAGUACAGGUUCUUAUGCGUUGCUCACUGUUUAUCUUCUACAUAAGUCCGUCCUUCCACCUUAGCGCUGUUGUUCAUGAUUGCUUGUAACCUGUAUUAGAAGUCAUGUAAUGUUAAAUAAUGAUUUUCUUGGCUUCAUGUUGUGUAGAACUUGACCUGAGAAUUCAGUCCUGGAAUUAAUAGUGGCGAAAUUACUUUUUCCUUUGA